AUGGCCGGCGGCCGCAGGAACAAGCCCCCGGCCAUCCCGCCGCCGAGGCAGACCCUCGUCCUCGACAACGGCGCCUACACCAUCAAGGCCGGCUUCGUCGCCAACGACGAGGCCAACCCCCCGAGCGCCAAGGCCAGCGACACGAGCCCGCGCGUCAUCCCCAACUGCAUCGCCCGCGACCGCCUGCGCAAGACCUACGUCGCCUCCGAGCUCGACCGCUGCAAGGACUUUGCCGACAUCGCCUUCCGCCGCCCCGUCGAGAAGGGCUACAUCGUCAACUGGGAGGCCCAGCGCGAGAUCUGGGACCGCGAGUUCUUCGACGACAAGGCGCCCCAGCGCUGCGACCCGGCCGAGACGCGCCUCGUCCUGACCGAGCAGCCCAACUCGCUGCCCGCCCUGCAGACCAACUGCGACCAGAUGGUCUUUGAGGAGUUUCAGUUUGCCAGCUACUAUCGCGGCAUCGGCCCCUCCUUCAACGCCUACCUUGCCAUCGAGGCCAACGGCUUCCGCACCGAGUCCGAGCCCGACGCCAUCACCCGCCUGCCCGCCGAGGUCAUCCUCCUCGUCGACGCCGGCUACUCCAUGACCACCGUGACCCCGAUCUUCCGCGGCCGGCCCCUGCAGCCCGCCGUCCGCCGCCUCGACGUCGGCGGCAAGCUGCUGACCAACCACCUCACCCGCCUCCUGUCCCUGCGCCACUACGACAUGCGCAACGACACCUACAUCGUCAACGAGAUCCGCGAGAAGGCCUGCUACCUCUCGCUCGACUUCGCCGCCGACCUCGACAAGUGCUGGAAGGGCACCAAGGGCGAGCGCCGGCCCGAGUUCGUCGCCGGCAGCGCGGGCAUCGCCAAGGACUACGUCCUGCCGGACUUCCACUCGCGCAGCCAGGGCGUCGUGCGCGACUACGACCCGGCCGCCUCGUCGCGCGCCAAAAAGAUGGCCGCCUCGGCCCUCAACGAGGACGUCCUGACGCUGCGCAACGAGCGCUUCGCCGUGCCCGAGCUGCUCUUCCACCCGGCCGACGUCGGCCUGCGCCAGCCGGGGCUCGCCGAGCUGAUCAUGCAGUCGCUCUCCGCGCUGCCCGUCGGCCUGUGGCCCGCGCUGCUGUCCAACGUCGUCGCCGUCGGCGGCGUCACGCAGACCCCCGGCUUCAUCCAGCGGCUGCAGCGCGAGCUCGUGCCCCUCGUGCCCGACGAGUGCACCGUCCGGGUCUACCGCCCCAAGGACCCGGUCGUCACGACCUGGACCGGCGCGGCCAACUUUGCGAGGCACCCCGACGUCAAGAAGGUGGCCGUCACGAAGCAGGAGUACGAGGAGCAUGGGGCGGGUUGGGUGGCGAGGAAGUUUGCUGCUGGGUUGGGUGCGGAGUGA